AUGGCCGAUCCCUCAGCCUCAGACAGAGAUCUGCUCGAGCGGCUGAAUGCCCUCAAGCCAACCAGCGUCACGCUGGAUGCCUCGCAAAACUCCCUCGGUAUACCCAUCCCAGGUAGCGCGGCGGUGCCGUCGUCCCAGCCCGCCUCCAGGGAAGAUGCACUCACGGCGAGGCUGCGCAGCCUCCGGCUAGGCAGUAGCUCGCCCUCGCCCAGCCCGUCCAAGGAAGCUGCGUCUGCUGCUAGUCCGAGGGCCAAGACGCAAAGUCCGGAUGUAGCCACGACGCCUUGCAAGAAUGCUGCUGCUACUGCUGCUGCCCGGCCGCUAACUUCCGUACCCGCCAGUCUUGAUCAUGAUGAAGACAAGGACCCCCUGCACAUGGACGACGAGGAGGUCCUCAACGACUUCCUCGAGGGCCUGAGCGGCGACGAGGACUUUGGCCCCGCGAGCGCCGCGGCGGCAGCUGAGCCCGAGGACGAGGCGGACAAGGUGGCCGCCCUGCUCGAAAGCCUCGGCAGAGAAGCAAGCAGGGACCGGGACCCAGCGACGCCGGGCAAGGCGGACAAGCCCAGGGACGACGACGAUGACGAUUCCGAGGGCGAGGAGAUGCAGAGCGAAGUCAGCAGGGUCCUGGCCCGAGCCGCCGAUGAGGCCGAGCUAGACCGCAUAUCCCGCGAGCAAGACGGUGGUGCUCCCGACCGUGAUGCAGCAGGUGGAGACGAACAGACCGAGGAACCCGCAGCCUCCCCUCCCCAACCUACGGCUGCCAAACUCAAUAGCAAUCCCCAGUCACCCCCAGAAGACCCCUUCUCCCUCCCCAGCGUCCCCUCCACCCUGCCCCCUCCUCCUCCCACCGACGCAGACGCAGACCACCAGUCCUUCGAGUCCUCCAUCGCCGCCCGCAUGGCCGCCCUCCAGGGCGUCGCCCCCGACGACGACGGCGGCACCAACACCCUCGGCCUGCCCUCGGCCCCGACCUUCGCGCCCGACGCCCGCCCGCCCUCGACCGCCUACCGCCGCACGACGCCGGCGGGCCGGCAGGCGUACACGGACGAGGACGAGCGCGCGUGGUGCGUCGUGUGCCUCGAGGACGCGGCGGUGCGGUGCCUCGGCUGCGGCGGCGACGUCUACUGCGCGCGCUGCUUCCGCGACAUGCACGUCGGCCCCGCGGCCGGCUACGACGAGCGCGGCCACAGGUCCGUCCGGUUCGAGAGAGGCCCCCGGGGUUCGAGGUAG